AUGGAUUUUUGUGGUCGGCCAAUUGAACCAUCAACAAGUCGAUCACCGACUCCAGAUUACCGAUUCAGAGUGUACCUACCGCCAGGAAAGUCUUACGAUAUGACUCUGUGGACCAAAAAUGACGUCUUCCGGUGGAUGACAAUAUUCAUGCCGGUGACUCAACACACCGAGACAUACAUCGCAUUAAAGGAGCUUUACCUAGACGGAGAUGUGCUCUGUGCAAUUAUUAACGACUCGGUAUCACACAUGACACUUGGAAUAUCCGAAGGAGAUCUUGAAUUGAUUGUUGGACAUGGAAAAUUAGUGCUUAAAGGACCACCACCAGAAGUACGACUACCACCUCCACCAUCACUAAAACAUUUAUUAGAAAUUAGCACCCCGAAAAAUCUAAGUAUCCAAAAAAUGAAUAACGCAAGCUCAUCGACGAUGUCCCCACCACCGCUAAAAGCCACGCCAACAGUCUUCCCACCACCUGGAAGAACUUUCAACAUGAGGGAAUGGGAUCAACUCGACGUUGAAUUGUGGAUGACUACUUUCAUUAGUGUUAACGAUUGCCCAGAUUUUUUUAUCUGGCUCGAAAAGAACAAAAUCGACGGAGAAGCAUUGCUUGCCAUGCAAUACGUUCCAAAAAGAGUGAAACGUGAUUCGGGAAUCAGCCAAUCGUUGCUCAGGAAGAUACUCGAUCGUGUAGAAAUUGUAUUUCUGGAGUACAGGAAGAUAAAAAUCGAAGAAACAACUCAGUAA